GUAAACACACUGUUGUAUCGGGGCAGGAGAACAAAACAUUUCAGUGCGAUUCUCUCCAAUGAUUCGGAAUCGAUUCUGAGUCACUUUAAACCGCACAUACAUUUAAGUCAAGUGUACAAACACGAGCAUUCGUGCCCGAAUGAAACUACAAUCCCGAAAUUAAUUCACACACACUCGUUUAAUGACACAUGUUAUGUAUGUCGCUGUUUUUUCUGCUGCUUCUUAAAUGAUGGUUUUGCUGCUCAGCUGUAUGAUCGUCAAACUCAUUUAUACAUAAGAUCAUCUAUGAUGGAUCAUAGUGCUCUACCUCCAUGGGCUGAUAUUCCACAAUCAUUACUGUCCACAUCAACGCAGUUAGCCGCUGAUUCUGGUGGUGGUUUUCAGCACUGAAGUUCCCGCAGACAUCAGAGGAAGUGAGGGGGGAAAAGGGCGGGAAUGCAGGUGAAGCUGAGACUGUUCUGGAAGCGAGGAGUCGUCGGAAAAUGGCGUCGAUCGCAGCAGAGGAGUUUAGCCUCGGUGUAUCCUGCUUAUCCGUGGAUUGAUUCUCCCUCUUCUAUGGCUGGUAAUGUUAGAUUUUCCCACCGGCGAGUCCCUGUGAACUCCGCGCGCCUCCUCGCAAAAUCCCUGACGAAAUCGUUACUACAUCUCUCAAGAUGGCACUGGAUUAAAGAGAGGAAGAGCAAUGGCAGACUCUUCAUCAACAUCACCAAAACAAAAACCAACCAGGAGAAACAGUUUAACGUUUUUACAUCCACACAUGUCGUCCUCCAGUAGUGCACUAAAUGAGGAGCUUCAGUGUUCAAUCUGUCUGGAUGUGUUCACUGAUCCAGUCUCAACUCCAUGUGGACACAACUUCUGCAAGACCUGCCUGAAUGAAUGCUGGAAAAACACUCAGAACUGCAGCUGUCCAUUCUGUAAAGAAACAUUCAGCAAAAGACCUGAUCUGAAGAUUAAUACAACACUCAGAGAGCUCGUGCAACACUUUGAGAAGAAGUUUAAUCUGGGUAAAUCUGAAGUUCUCUGUGACUUCUGUGAUGAAAGAAAGCAGAAAGCCGUGAAGUCUUGUCUGAUGUGUCAAAGCUCUUACUGUGAAACUCACCUGGAGCCUCAUCGGAGAGUCCCACGACUAAAGAAACACAAACUGAUGGACGCUGUGGAGAAACUGGAGGAUUAUAUAUGCCAGAAACACGAGAGACCUCUGGAGCUGUUCUGCAGAGAUGAUCAGACGUGUGUGUGUUUGUUCUGCACUGAAGGAGACCACAAGACUCACAACACUGUUCCUAUAGAGGACGAGAGUGCAGAGAAGAAGAAUCAGCUGGUAAAGACACAGACAGACGUGCAGCAGAUGAUCCAGAACAGAAUGAAGAAGAUUCAAGACAUCCAACACUCUGUAGAGAUGAGAAAGAGAAACACAGAAGAAGAGAAAUCACACAGUGUUGAGGUGUUCACGACUCUGAUCCGCUCCAUUGAGAGAUGUCAGACUGAAGUUGUUGAGAUGUUGGAGGAGAAGCAGAAAGCAGCAGAGAAACAGGCUGAAGAUCUCAUUAAAGAGCUGGAGCAGGAGAUCACUGAGCUAAAGAGGAGAAACUCUGAGCUGGAGCAGAUCUCACACACUGAAGAUCAUCUUCAUCUCCUACAGAUUGACCCGUCCCUGUACAGCCCUAAAAACAGUAAGAACUGGACUGAGAUCAGUAUUGACACUCAUGUGAGUGUGAACACUAUGAAUACAGCUCUGACUCGACUCAAAGACACUCUACAUGAGACUUUAGAUCAAAAACUCGGUCAAACUGGCUCAACACAAAUGCCUGUUCCAGCAAGUACAUCCAGACAACCUGCAAGAAGAACAACUAGAGAAACAACAGGAUUAAAGAGAGGAAGAGCAAUGGCAGAAUCUUCAUCAACAUCAUCAAAACGAAAGCUAACCAGGAGAAACAGUUCAGAAGAUUUACCUCCAUACAUGUCGUCCUCCAGUAGUGCACUAAAUGAGGAGCUUCAGUGUUCAAUCUGUCUGGAUGUGUUCACUGAUCCAGUCUCAACUCCAUGUGGACACAACUUCUGCAAGACCUGCCUGAAUGAAUGCUGGAAAAACACUCAGAACUGCAGCUGUCCAUUGUGUAAAGAAACAUUCAGCAAAAGACCUGAUCUGAAGAUUAAUACAACACUCAGAGAGCUCGUGCAACACUUUGAGAAGAAGUUUAAUCUGGGUAAAUCUGAAGUUCUCUGUGACAUCUGUGAUGAAAGAAAGCAGAAAGCCGUGAAGUCUUGUCUGAUGUGUCAAAGCUCUUACUGUGAAACUCACCUGGAGCCUCAUCGGAGAGUCCCACGGCUAAAGAAACACAAACUGAUGGACGCUGUGGAGAAUCUGGAGGAUUACAUAUGCCAGAAACACGAGAGACCUCUGGAGCUGUUCUGCAGAGAUGAUCAGACGUGUGUGUGUUUGUUCUGCACUGAAGGAGACCACAAGACUCACAACACUGUUCCUAUAGAGGACGAGAGUGCAGAGAAGAAGAAUCAGCUGGUAAAGACACAGACAGACGUGCAGCAGAUGAUCCAGAACAGAAUGAAGAAGAUUCAAGACAUCCAACACUCUGUAGAGAUGAGAAAGUUCAAAGAGAAAUCACACAGUGUUGAGGUGUUCACGACUCUGAUCCGCUCCAUUGAGAGAUGUCAGACUGAAGUUGUUGAGAUGUUGGAGGAGAAGCAGAAAGCAGCAGAGAAACAGGCUGAAGAUCUCAUUAAAGAGCUGGAGCAGGAGAUCACUGAGCUAAAGAGGAGAAACUCUGAGCUGGAGCAGAUCUCACACACUGAAGAUCAUCUUCAUCUCCUACAGAUUGACCCGUCCCUGUACAGCCCUAAAAACAGUAAGAACUGGACUGAGAUCAGUAUUGACACUCAUGUGAGUGUGGACACUCUGAAUACAGCUCUGACUCGACUCAAAGACACUCUACAUGAGACUGUAGAUCAAAAACUUGGUAAAACUGUAUUGAGGAGGAUGCAGCAGUAUGCAGUGGAUGUGACUCUGGAUCCUGAUACAGCUCAUCCUAAUCUCAUCCUGUCUGAUGAUGGAAAACAAGUGAAACAUGGAGACAUUAGACAAAAACUCCCAGAUAAACCAGAGAGAUUUGAUACAUGUGCAAUUGUCCUGGGAAAGAAGGGAUUCAGUUCAGGCAGAUUUUAUUUUGAGGUGCAGGUGAAGGGAAAGACUGAGUGGGAUUUAGGAGUGGUCAGAGAAUCCAUUAACAGGAAGGGAGAGAUCACACCGACUCCAGUGAAUGGAUUCUGGACUGUGUGGUUGAGGAAUGAGAAUGAAUAUAAAGCCUGUGAAGAUCCUUCUGUUUCUCUGUGUGUGAGAAUGAAGCCACAGAAGGUUGGUGUGUUUGUGGAUUAUGAGGAGGGUCUGGUCUCCUUUUAUGAUGUGGAGUCCAGCUCUCAUAUCUACUCUUUCACUGGUCAGUCUUUCACUCAAACACUCUUUCCAUAUUUUUGCCCAAGUCUUAAUGAUGAAGGUAAAAACUCAACUCCACUGAUCAUCACACCUGUCAGUUACAAUUAAUGAAUUUACACCCCAUAAAUAUAAAAACUACAUGAACAUUAGAUUUGUACAUUUCUUAAAAGACAAUAUGAGGUAUGGCUGCUAGGGAGAUCUGGAUGGUUGCUAGGGAGAUCUGGAUGGUUGCUAGGGAGAUAUGGAUGGUUGCUAGUGUGUUCUGUGUGGUGUCAUUUUUAUAUCACCAGAACUUGAAUUUGAAAAAGCAAUUCAUGAUGGAAAUAUUUUGUGUAAAUUCACCUAAAAUAAAUUCAGGUUGUGUAAUUUGAGUUUUUAUUAGUCAAGUGGUGAAAUUCAGGUGUAAUUAAAAUGUUUGAUGUAUUAAUGUCAUACAGAAAGUUUACACACAAUAACAGAACAAUGUCGACAUUGUGUGAAAUGUUCAUUCAGAUCCUUUUUCAGUGAAGUGAAACUUUUCAUUCAGUUUUUAUAUUAUUUGUAUUAAUUUUUUUUAUCAUUUUCGAUUUGUUUUAUUAUUAUUUGGGGGGUUAAAGUGUUAAGAACAGUUUCCAUUCUGUAAGAGCUGAGCUAAGAUGUGAUGGAUCAGAGGGACACGAAGCAGUGCUUAAAUAGUUCAACUCUUGCAAAAGAUCAUCAACAGCCACACUAGGAACAAGAUAAAGAUGUUCUUCAGUAAGAGAGAGGCAACUUUGAGCUCAACAUCAGAACUAGAAUCACCGAGUCCUCUGUACUUCCAUCAUCUGAGGACUCAGUACCAACAUUAUCAAUCUGGAUACGGUCAGAAUAAUGACUUUCAACAGAAACAUCUAAGCUUGAUCCCUGAUUCUCAAGUAUUCCAGACUUUAAGUCAUUUACUGAACAAUCCUCAUGAUUUCUGCUUCUGUGAGUUCGAAACGAAACAUAAAUAUUUGUUUUGUGUGAACACCCCUGAAACACACAAACAACUGUUUGGCUGUUUUGCAGGUGCUGUGCGAUAUGUUGAAAAUAGUCUUUUAAAUUCAAAUGUUGAUUGCAACUGCAUAAGAGACAUUUAAAUAUGGUCAGUUCAGCUUGGGAGGAUGACUGAUGACUCAAUAGUGCAUUGCAAGUCUUGCAGGUACAUGGACAGUUGAAACAGAUGCAUGGAUAGGAAUGCUGUCUUCCAUAAUGUCUGUUCAAGCUUAUAAUGUUUAAGAAGCUCAGAUCUUCAUGAAACAGAAGAACAACAGUCUUUGCAUUUCCACAUUCAUCAGAAGAUUAGGAGGGAAAAACACCUUUUGCCACUUAAUACAAUUUACAAAAUGCAGCAUGUUAUAUUUGCAUUUAAUUGAUAGAAACAUUUAAGUUUGUUGUCCGUUAUUAUUAUUUUUUAUGUAUUUUAGGAAAUUAUAGAACAUUAAAAAAGUCCAACAAAAUUCAGUUCCUACUUCAGCAGGAGAGCAAUACUUUUAAAGCAAGUAGAUAUUCAUUUCAUUUGACUAGUUCAUAGAGUAUAAAUCUUUCAAGAGGUUUCAUUAUUUGUUUCAUAAAUAUUUUUCAUUUAUCAAGCAAUGCUGGAAAUAUGCAAAACUCUGCAAUGAAAAGCUGAAAUAGGGAAAUAAGUUUUUUAAAAACAUAGUGAUUAAUUUCUUUGCAAGAUAACAGCAGUCAUUCUCUUUUAACAUUAAUAUUUUACAUUGAUUUUUAAGGAUAUUUCAAACAUUCAAUUACUUACAUUUUAUUUAUUGUUAUUGUCAAAUGAACUUCCAUUACAUUGGGUGAGUAACUUUGUUUGUUUUGUGUUUGUAAUUCUUUAUAAAUAAAUAU